GUGUGUGCUAGCGUUAAUCAACAUACAGAACGAAAAAGCUUGGUAGAGUUAAGAUGGCGGCAUGUGGGUGAGGAGGCUGUAGUUCUAAGCUCGGGAUUUUUUGUCAGAAAAUAUUUAUAUGAAUCCUUACAUAUACAGAUAUCGAGAAAAUAACAUUUCCCACACACUUGACACAUUUGUGUGUUAAUUUGGAUUGGAUCCAUGACAUCCAUACACUUCGUGGUUCACCCGUUGCCCGGGACUGAGGACCAGCUCAAUGACAGACUUCGUGAAGUGUCGGAGAAACUCAACAAAUACAACUUUAACAGUCAUCCACACCUCAACCUGCUGGAGCAGGCCACCUUAAAACAGUGUGUAGUUGGCCCAAACCAUGCUGGCUUUCUGCUUGAGGAUGGACGUGUGUGUCGGAUCAGCUUUGCUGUCCAGCCAGAUCGUCUGGAGCUGACCAAACCAGAUGGCAACGAUGGUUCAAAGUUGAGUGGCAGUGGUUCAGGGACAGGAAGGAGCUCCAGGCCAGGCAGGACUAGUGAUCCUCCCUGGUUCCUGUCUGGCUCUGACACACUGGGCAGACUGGCAGGCAACACCCUUGGGAGUCGCUGGAGCUCCGGGGUGAACGGUGGAUCAGGUGGAGGAGGAGGAGGAGGAGGUGGUGGCGGCAGCAGCAGUGUAGGAGGUGCAGGGGGAGGAGGUGUAGGAGGAGCUGUCAGUGGAGGAGGUGGUGGAGGCUCCUCUGGGAGGUCGUCUACAGCUGCCAGGGACUCAAGACGUCAGACCAGGGUGAUCCGCACAGGGAGGGACCGGGGCUCUGGUCUCCUGGGUAGCCAGCCCCAGCCUGUCAUCCCUGCCUCGGUCAUCCCAGAGGAACUCAUCUCCCAGGCUCAGGUGGUCCUCCAGGGGAAGUCUAGGAGUGUGAUCAUCCGGGAGCUCCAGAGGACCAACCUGGAUGUCAACCUGGCCGUCAACAACCUACUUAGCAGAGACGAUGAGGACGGUGACGAUGGUGAUGACACAGCCAGCGAGUCCUACCUCCCUGGAGAGGACCUGAUGUCCUUGCUGGACGCUGACAUCCACUCAGCCCACCCCAGUGUCAUCAUCGAUGCUGACGCCAUGUUCUCUGAGGACAUCAGCUACUUCGGCUACCCUUCCUUCAGACGCUCCUCCCUGUCCCGCCUGGGCUCCUCGCGAGUUCUCCUUCUUCCCUUAGAGCGUGACUCAGAGCUGUUGCGUGAGCGCGAGUCUGUGUUGAGGUUGCGGGAGCGGAGGUGGCUGGAUGGGGCCUCAUUUGACACGGAGAGGGGCUCCACCAGCCGCGAGGGGGAGCCCAGCCUGGACAAGAAGAACAUCCCCGUCCAGAGCCCUGUCUCUCUGGGCGAGGAGCUGCAAUGGUGGCCUGACAAGGAUGGUGUGAAGUUUGUGAGCAUCGGGUCCUUGUUCUCUGAGCUGGUGGCAGUGAGUUCUAAGGGGGAACUCUACCAGUGGAAGUGGAGUGAACCAGAACCAUACAGAAACACACAGAACCCUUCUAUCCACCACCCCCGGGUGUCCUUCCUGGGCCUGACCAAUGAGAAGAUCACCCUGCUGUCUGCUAACAGCAUCAGAGCCACCGUGGCCACGGAGACCAACAAGGUGGCAACCUGGAUGGAUGACACACUGAGCAGCGUGGCAUCCAAGCUGGAACACAGUGCCCAGGCCUACCCUGAGCUGCAGGGAGAGCGCAUCGUGUCUCUGCACUGCUGUGCCCUCUACACCUGCGCCCAGCUGGAGAGCAGCCUGUACUGGUGGGGUGUUGUGCCUUUUAGUCAACGGAAAAAGAUGCUUGAAAAGGCUAGAGCCAAGAACAAGAAGCCAAAGUCCAGUGCCGGCAUCUCCUCAGUACCCAACAUCACCGUGGGAACGCAGGUGUUUGUGUCCUCUCUCCAGGUGUGCCUGAGGAAUAACCCCCUCUACCACGCCGGUGCCGUUGCCUUUUCUGUCAACGCUGGGAUCCCCAAGGUGGGACUCCUCCUCGAGUCUGUCUGGAACAUGAACGACAGCUGCAGGUUCCAGCUGCGAUCACCAGAGAGCCUCAAGAACAUGGACAAGACCACCAAGACCCAGGAGAUCAAUCCUACCCAUUCUUGCCUUAGAACGGAGAGCAAGCCGGAGUUGGUAAAGACCGAGAUGGGGCCCCCUCCUUCCCCGGCCUCCACCUGCAGUGACACCUCCUCCAUCGCUAGCAGUGCCUCGCUGCCCUACAAACGAAGACGCUCGACCCCGGCUCCCAAAGAGGAGGAGAAGGUGAACGAGGAGCAGUGGCCUCUUCGGGAAGUGGUGUUUGUGGAGGAUGUUAAAAAUGUCCCUGUGGGAAAGGUGCUGAAAGUGGACGGUGCGUAUGUAGCUGUGAAGUUUCCAGGGACGUCAAGCAGCGUGAGCACACAGCCGAGUCAGACUAGUGCUCCAGCUCCCAUCACUGACUCUGACCCCUCCUCACUGCUGCAGGACUGUAGGCUGCUCAGAAUAGAUGAGUUACAGGUGGUGAAAACUGGUGGAACUCCUAAAGUUCCAGAUUGCUUCCAGCGUACACCUAAAAAACUCUGCAUCCCAGAGAAGGCUGAGAUUCUGGCUGUGAAUGUUGACUCCAAAGGAGUCCACGCAGUGCUGAAGACUGGUAACUGGGUGAGGUACUGUAUCUUUGACCUGGCCACAGGCAAAGCAGAACAGGAGAAUAACUUCCCCACCAGUAACCUGGCCUUCCUGGGGCAGAGUGAACGCAACGUAGCAAUAUUCACUGCAGGACAGGAUUCCCCAGUCAUCCUUCGGGAUGGAAAUGGCACAAUUUACCCAAUGGCCAAAGACUGUAUGGGCGGCAUCCGAGACCCUGAGUGGCUGGACCUGCCGCCCAUCGCCAGCCUGGGCAUGGGGGUGCACUCCCUGGCCAACCUCCCCACCAACUCAACCAUCAAGAAGAAAGCUGCUAUUAUCAUAUUGGCUGUGGAGAAGCAGACGUUGAUGCAGCACGUGCUGCGUUGUGACUUUGAGGCCUGUCGUCAGUACCUGGUGAACCUGGAGCAGGCUGUACUCCUGGAGCAGAGUCCCCACGUCCUCCACUCCUUUCUGGGCCACCGCUGCGACGGCAACCGCAACAUCCUCCACGCCUGCGUCUCCGUCUGCUUCCCCGUCAGCAACAAGGAGACCAAGGAGGAGGAAGAAGCUGAACGGUCUGAGAGGAAUACAUUUGCAGAGAGACUGUCAGCAGUGGAGGCCAUCGCCAACGCUAUCUCUGUGGUGUCUAGCAACAGCUCUGGGAACAGGACCGGCUCUUCCAGCAGCAGAGGGCUGCGUCUGAGGGAGAUGAUGAGGCGCUCUCUGAGAGCAGCGGGGCUUGGCCGUCACGAGUCCGGCCCCUCCUCCAGCGACCACCAGGACCCCGUUUCCCCACCCAUCGCCCCUCCCAGCUGGGUGCCCGACCCCCCUCCCAUGGACCCAGACGGUGACAUAGACUUCAUCCUGGCCCCUGCAGUGGGAUCUCUCACCACAGCCUCAACAGGGACCAGCCAGGGCCCCAGCACAUCCACUAUACCAGGCCCCUCCUCUGAGCCUUCGGUGGUGGAGUCUAAAGACCGCAAGGCCAACGCCCACCUCAUCCUCAAACUGAUGUGUGACAGCAUGGUUCUCAGGCCACACCUCCGCGAGCUGCUCUCUGCCAAGGAUGCCCGUGGAAUGACCCCGUUCAUGCUGGCAGUCAGCGGGAGAGCUUACCCAGCUGCCCUUACUGUUCUGGAGGCUGCGCAGAAAAUGGCCAAGGUGGGAGAACCCGGCAUGACUGAGAAGGUGGAUGCAGACUCUUUGUUCAUGGAGAUGAUUUGUCCCUCGGGGACCAACCCUGACGACUCUCCUCUCUACGUCCUCUGCUGCAACGACACCUGCAGCUUCACCUGGACAGGAGCUGAACACAUCAACCAGGAUAUCUUUGAGUGCCGGACCUGCGGCCUGUUGGAGUCUCUCUGCUGCUGCACUGAGUGCGCCAGGGUGUGUCACAAAGGACACGACUGCAAACUCAAGAGGACCUCUCCCACUGCGUACUGUGACUGCUGGGAGAAGUGUAAGUGUAAGACGCUGAUUGCUGGACAGAAAGCUGCUCGCCUGGACCUGCUAUACAGACUACUCACCACCACUAACCUGGUCACCAGUCCAAACAGCCGGGGGGAGCAUAUCCUUCUGUUCCUGGUGCAGACUGUUGCUAGGCAGAGUGUGGAGCACUGCCAGUACCGACCCCCUCGCAUCAGAGAGGACAGGAACCGCAAGGCUGCCAAUGCUGAAGACUCUGACAUGCCAGACCAUGACCUGGAACCUCCACGCUUCGCCCAGCUGGCCCUGGAGAGGGUGCUGCAGGACUGGAAUGCUCUCAAGUCCAUGAUAAUGUUCGGAUCCCAGGAGAAUAAAGACCCGCUGAGUGCCAGCAGCCGUAUCGCCCAUCUCCUUCCAGAGGAGCAGGUGUACCUGAACCAGCAGAGUGGCACCAUCCGCCUGGACUGCUUCACACACUGCCUCAUUGUCAAGUGUGCCCCUGACAUUACAGUAAGUCGGUUUAUUGACACCCUGCUGGGGACCUUGGUGAAGGAGCUGCAGAACAAGUACACUCCUGGCCGGAGAGAGGAGGCCAUCGUCGUCACCAGGAGGUUCCUGCGCUCCGUGGCCAGGGUGUUUGUCAUCCUCAGCGUCGAGAUGGCCUCGUCCAAAAAGAAAAAUAACUUCAUCCCCCAGCCCAUUGGGAAGUGCAGGCGUGUGUUCCAGGCCCUGCUGCCCUAUGCGGUGGAGGAGCUGUGCAACGUGGCGGAGUCUCUCAUCGUGCCUGUGAGGAUGGGCAUCGCCCGGCCCACCGCCCCCUUCACCCUGGCCAGCACCAGCAUCGACGCCGUGCAGGGCAGCGAGGAACUCUUCUCUGUGGAACCCUUGCCACCGAGACCCUCCCCAGACCAGUCCAGCAAUUCUAGUCAGACUGCAUCGUCCUACAUCAUCAGGAACCCACAGCCUCGCCGCAGCAGCCAGUCCCAGCCGGUCAGAGGGAGAGACGAGGAGCAGGAUGACAUUGUGUCUGCUGAUGUUGAAGAGGUGGAGGUUGUCGAGGGCGUUGCUGGGGAGGAGGAUCACCAUGAAGACCAGGAGGAACAGGGAGAACAGGGAGAGGAGAACGCUGAGGCAGAGGGACAGCAUGAUGAACAUGAUGAGGAUGAGGGUGAUGUCCUUUCCUCUCUAGGAAGCGACAUGGAGUUGGAUCUGCUGGCUGCCGCAGAGACCGAGAGUGACAGCGAGAGUAACCAUAGCAACCAGGACAAUGCCAGCGGGCGGAGGAGUGUUGUCACCGCAGCAACUGCUGGCUCCGAAGCAGGUGCCAGCAGUGUCCCUGCCUUCUUUUCAGAGGACGACUCCCAGUCCAACGACUCAAGCGACUCGGACAGCAGCAGCAGCCAGAGCGACGACGUGGACCAGGAGACCUUCCUAUUGGACGAGCCCUUGGAGAGGACCACCACUGCCUCGCACGUCAACAGCGCUGCCCAGGCGCCGCGCUCCAUGCAGUGGGCUGUACGCAACACCCCCAGCCAGAGAGCCACAGGCAGCGCCCCCUCCAGCUCCUCCACCCCCGCUGCAGCGAGCUCCACAGGUCUGAUCUACAUCGACCCGUCCAACCUGCGGCGCAGCAGUGCCAUCAGCACCAGCGCGGCCGCUGCGGCCGCAGCUCUGGAGGCCUCCAACUCAUCCAGCUACCUGACGUCAGCCUCCAGUUUAGCCCGGGCCUACAGCAUCGUCAUCAGACAGAUCUCUGACCUGAUGAGCCUCAUUCCUAAGUACAACCACCUGGUCUACUCCCAGUACCCUGCUGCAGUCAAACUCACCUACCAGGACGCUGUCAACCUGCAGAACUUUGUUGAGGAGAAGCUGAUCCCUACGUGGAACUGGAUGGUGUCCAUCAUGGACUCUACAGAGGCUCAGCUGCGUUACGGCUCGGCCCUGUCCUCAGCUGGCGACCCCGGACACCCAUCCCACCCCCUCCACGCCUCGCAUCACUCUGCCCGCAGGGAGCGCAUGACUGCCCGCGAGGAAGCCAGCCUCCGCACCUUGGAGGGACGGAGGUCUGGGCGUGCGGCCACUCUGCUGACAGUGCGUCAGGGGAUGAUGUCAGCGCGGGGAGACUUCCUGAACUACGCCCUGUCUCUGAUGCGUUCCCAUAAUGAUGAGCACUCUGACGUUCUGCCUGUGCUGGAUGUGUGUUCUCUCAAACACGUGGCCUACGUCUUCCAGGCCCUCAUCUACUGGAUCAAAGCCAUGAACCAGCAGACAACUCUGGACACGACACAGAUGGACCGCAAGAGGAGCCGUGAGAUUCUGGAACUGGGACUGGACAAUGAAGAUUCUGAACAUGAGAAUGACGAGGACACCAAUCAAAGUUGUUUUCUGGUAUUGGAAGGCAGACAAGCCAGAAGAAAGGCAGUUAGGCAGAAACGAGGCAAAAAGAAGAGGGCAGCUCCCAAAGGUUCCACGCUCCAGGAUAAGGAGGAUGACCCGGUCCCCGCUGAGACGGGACAGAACCACCCGUUCUUCCGCCGCUCUGACUCCAUGACCUUCCUGGGCUGUAUCCCCCCCAACCCCUUCGAGGUCCCCCUGGCGGAGGCCAUCCCCCUGGCAGACCAGCCUCACCUCCUGCAGCCCAAUGCAAGGAAGGAGGAUCUGUUUGGCCGUCCUAGUCAGGGCCUGUACUCGUCCUCAUACACAGCAAGCAAAGGCCUGGCCGAGGCCACCCUGGACCGCAGCUGCCUGGAGGUUAACAUGGGCUCCUCUCAGAUCCUACCCACCAAGAUGUCCUACUCAGCCAACCUGAAGAACGUGAUGAGUAUGGAAACUAGUCAGCGCGGCAGAGAGGACCAGCCCAUGGACCAGGAGCUAGUGGCUCCAAAGCCAGGCCCCUCACCCCACGACCUAGCUGCCCAGCUGAAGAGCAGCCUCCUGGCUGAAAUAGGCCUCACUGAGAGCGAUGGACCCCCGCUCCCUUCCUUUAGACCCCACUGUAAUAUUAACCAGGAAGUAUAUCAUCUCUCUGUCCUCUCCAGACCCCACUGUAGUUUCAUGGGGAUGGUGAUCUCCCAUGACAUGCUGCUGGGCCGCUGGCGUCUGUCUCUGGAGCUGUUCGGACGCGUCUUCAUGGAGGACGUUGGAGCAGAGCCUGGAUCGAUCCUGACCGAGCUGGGGGGCUUUGAGGUGAAGGAGUCUAAGUUCCGCCGGGAGAUGGAGAAACUCCGUAACCUCCAGUCUCGUGACCUGGCCCUGGAGGUGGACCGUGACCGUGACCAGCUGAUCCAGCAGACCAUGAGGCAGCUCAACACCCACUUUGGCCGGCGCUGCACCACCACACCCAUGGCUGUGCACCGCGUCAAGGUCACCUUCAAGGACGAGCCGGGCGAGGGUAGUGGCGUGGCCCGUAGCUUCUACACGGCCAUCGCCCUGGCCUUCCUGUCCAAUGACAAGCUGCCCAACCUGGACUGUGUGCAGAGCGUCAGCAAGGGCAUGCAGGCCAGCAGUACGUGUCAUCACGAUUACAACUCAAGUAUGACAUUGAAUCUGAUGCAGCGGCUGAGGAACAGAGACCGGGAGAGGGAGCGGAGGAGUGGAGGGCUCCGAGCCGGCUCUAGGAGAGACCGAGACAGGGACUCGAGGAGACAGCUGUCCAUUGACACCCGACCCUUCAGGCCAGCCUCGGAGGGGAACCCCAGUGACGAACCUGACCCCCUACCUGCCCACAGACAGGCCCUGGGAGAGAGGCUGUACCCCCGCGUCCACGCUAUGCAGCCGGCCUUUGCCAGUAAGAUCACAGGGAUGCUGCUGGAGCUCUCCCCAGCCCAGCUGCUGUUGCUCCUGGCCAGUGAGGACUCUCUCAGGGCCAGGGUGGAGGAGGCCAUGGAGCUGCUCAUUGCACAUGGAAGGGAAAAUGGCGCUGACAGCAUACUGGACCUGGGUCUCCUAGAGGCUCCUGAGAAAGCACAGCAGCAGGAGAACCGUAAGCGUCAUGGCUCCACCCGUAGUGUGGUGGACAUGGAGCUGGACGACCCUGAAGACGGAGAUGACAACGCUCCCCUGUUCUACCAGCCUGGGAAGAGAGGCUUCUACUCUCCCCGGCCCGGCAAGAACACGGAGGCCAGGCUCAACUGCUUCAGGAACAUCGGCAGAAUACUAGGGCUGUGUCUGCUGCAGAAUGAGCUCUGUCCAAUUACCUUGAACAGACAUGUCAUCAAGGUGCUGCUCGGCAGAAAGGUGAAUUGGCAUGACUUUGCCUUUUUUGACCCGGUAAUGUACGAGAGCCUGCGACAGUUGAUCCGUCACUCUCAGGCUGGAGAGGCGGAGGCUGUGUUUGCAGCCAUGGACCUGGCCUUCGCCAUAGACCUGUGUAAGGAGGAAGGGGCUGGACAGGUGGAGCUGCUGUCAGGUGGGGUCAACAUGCCUGUGACUCCUCUCAACGUUUACGAAUACGUGAGAAAGUACGCCGAACACAGGAUGCUGGUGGUUGCUGAGCAACCUCUUCAUGCGAUGAGGAAGGGUCUGUUGGAUGUCCUUCCUAAGAACGCCCUGGAGGACUUGACAGCUGAGGACUUCAGGCUGCUGGUCAACGGCUGUGGAGAGGUCAACGUGCAGAUGCUCAUCAGCUUCACUUCCUUCAAUGAUGAAUCUGGUACAAAGACCUUGGCCCGUAUUCACAAAGAAUCUCAGAGGGAAAAUGCUGAUAAAUUGUUGCAGUUCAAACGCUGGUUUUGGUCCAUCGUGGAGAAGAUGAGCAUGACUGAGAGGCAAGAUCUGGUGUACUUCUGGACCUCCAGUCCGUCUCUGCCAGCCAGUGAGGAAGGCUUCCAGCCCAUGCCCUCCAUCACCAUCAGGCCUCCGGACGACCAGCACCUGCCCACGGCCAACACCUGCAUCUCGCGCCUCUACGUGCCACUCUACUCCUCCAAACAGAUUCUAAAACAGAAACUCUUACUAGCCAUUAAGACCAAGAACUUUGGUUUUGUGUAGAGGUUGACAAACAUGUUUACCUGUUGUGUAAUAUUUACCUAGUUCAAUUUUUGUAGAUUUGUUUUUUGUCUAUACAAUUUUAUGGAAUUCGAAGAAAAUACAAAAAUGCUGUCGCUCCCCUGGCGGUUAUUUUGUUUGUGUUGUGAACACAGACGGCUUGUUCUUAUUUUAUUUUAAUUUUUUUAGUUCUGAAGGUAAUAUACAUUCCUGCAUUGGCUUUGUAAAGUUGAAGCCCUCUGCUCUAUUGGCUUAAACCUUUACUUCCCAGGAAUUUGGCUCGACAGCAAACUGUGCCGAAGCUCAGCCAAAGAGGACCGCAGUAGAAGUAUUUAAAAAGUUAAAGCAUAAAAAAACACACUGUGAUUAUGAUUUUGUUCCUUGCCCUAAACAGAAUACUUACUAUCACUGACAGUUCGCUGCUGCCUUGGUGGAAAGUCAUUAUUUUUCUUGUAAAGGGGGAGUAGGGAAUUUCAAAAUAAACUUGGAUGCAAAUGAU